CGAAUUGAAAUUCUAAAGACAAACAUACCACAAACGCGGGGAAUACCGAUAUUUCAAGAAUAUCCAGUACAGAUUAGUUGAUUAUUAGAUAUUGUAGUUUGAAGUAGUGUUUAUUGCAAAAUGAAACCCGACUUAGCGGACAGUUUAAGAAUUAAUAUUAGUCGAUUUUUGAUCAAUUAUGCUGUUCGAUUUUCAUUUGCAGCAGUGGUGGUUUACAGUUGUUGGAUUGCCAUUGAAAACUACAAUUACUGGUUUUCAUGGCAUGUGAUUUUGUGUACAUUUGGUUAUGUGCCCCUUAUGGCCGAGGCAUUGAUGCUCUUCACCGGAGACGAAUUAUGGAGCAAGCAAAUAUCUAAAAAGGCAAAAAAUAAAAUUCACGCCUUUAUUAUAAUUAUGAGUACGGUUAUUAUUAUUUGUGGAAACUCUGUGUGUUUCCAUUACAUCCAACCCGGUUAUCAUCUGUAUACAGCUCAUGGAAUCACAGGACUAAUAUCAAUGAUCCUAAUAAUAAUGUCAAUAGCCUUGGGGUAUGCAGCCCAUUAUGCCACUGAUUUACAUGAAUAUGCUGCACCUGUGGUUUUUAAAUUUUGGCAUAAUUUAAUUGGAUUGCUGGGAUAUACAAUAGGAAUAGCCAGUCUAUGUUUUGCUUAUUACACUAACUGGUUCAUAUAUUACACAACACCGGAAUCCAGAUUAGUCGCGUUGAUCUUUACAAUUUUGGCAAGUUUGUGGUCAAUAAAUGGAGCCUUGAUAUCUGGAUAUAGUCAGAUAAAAACGUUGAUCAGAUAGAAAAUAUCUUACUGGAUCAUUGUACUGAAUUGGAAUAUAUGUAUGACUGACUGACUGUAAAUAAUUUGAAAUGUAAUGAACUUUCCUUUUUGUUAAAUAAAAUGUCUUAUUUGUUUUA